GUGGGGUAUUGCAUACAAUGCGGGGAAGAUAGCAGGUGCGGCGCUGUAGCUGCGUAGUACAAGAAAGACAGAGCCCAACGAAAUAAUGUGGUGCGGCCCGACCGAGGAUCUUCCUCUGCGGGUGUUGUCAAAGGGCAGCAGCCCAACAAAAAAAAAGGCAAAUGCCUGUACGAUAUGCGAGCUCCUUUCCCCCGACCUGGUGCACACAACUGCGUCCCUGCAUGAGGCCCCGCUCUGGACCCGAUCAGGGAGCCGUCAAUGCUUUGCUCCUCGCCUGAUGAUCAAGGAGGAAGCUCGGCCCGCGAUUGCGGGCCUCCUCCUCACUUUUGCGGGCCACACCAUUGCGAUGAGUCCCUUGGCUCGUACGGGCUCUUCGACCGAUACCAUCCGAAGCGUUCCUCGCUUCAAUGAUGGUUUGUCGCGACAGACAACCGCCGCUUGAGGAAAGGCUUCAUGGCCAAAGGUCCAUGGCUAGACG